AUGCAGGUUUGUGGUACAUCUUCCUUCCCCCCCAAACCCUUACUGAUAAUUUCGCCCAGCUUACGCAGCUCAUGGAUCUGAAUUUCAGAUCUCAAAGGAAGUAAGUGUGCUUACACUAGAGACUGCCGUAAAAGCCAUCACCAACCUGUGUCUAAACCUUGAGUUCUGGACUCUUCAAACUGGUGGCAAGGCAUAUGGUGUGGAAUUCUAUGGUCAACCGGGCGUUCAAUGGGAUCUUCCUCUCAAAGAAACCUCCCCACGAAUUCCAGAGCCUUCUGCGUCAAAUAUUUUCUACUAUCCGCAGAUAGAUUUUCUGGCCUCGGAAAGUAAAGACAAGUCAUGGAAACAUUGUAAGAUCCGUCCCGAUCUAAUCAUGGGACAUACUCCACGACCCAAUGGCAUGGGUUUCUUACACGCCCUGGGAGUAUUCUUGUCUAUGUAUGCUUCUGUAGAGGGCAAAGGGACUGAAAUUGCAUUCCCUGGAAAUGAAAUGAGUUGGAAAGUGAAGCAAAGUGAUACCUCCCAAGACAUCCUUGCGAGAUUCCAUAUCUUUGCCAGUCUGAACCCCGAAAAGGUCGCUGGUAAAGCUGUCAACGUUGCUGAUGAGUAUUUGAAGACUUGGGAAAAGCUAUGGCCUGAUGUAUGUGCCUACUUCGGCUUGAAAGGUGUCGGACCCCAGGCUGAAGGAAACCUUAACGGUGUGGAAUGGGUGAUGGCAGAGAAAGAUAAUUGGGGCACUUGGGUUGAAAGCAAUGGUCUCGAGAAAGGCUUCGUGAAGAAUUCCAGCGGGAUGUUUUGGGUGCUGUGUUUGCGUGGGGGGUGUUUGAUAAAGAGUAUGAUCUUACGGCCUCGAGAGAAGUGGGUUUCAUGGAAAGUGCCCCUACGAUUGAGGGGUAUAUUACGGCUUUUGAGAGAACGAAGAAAGCUAAAGUUAUUCCUGCCUAG